GUUUGGGCGCGGCAUCCAAAACCGUUCGUUUUUGAGCCAGAGCCACCGAAGAGCGUCCUAGAGCGAUGGAGCUGUGGCGCUGGGUCCAGGCCAAUCCCCUGGUCCACGUGGUGAGCCGGCGGCUUCCCACGUCGCCGGGCUUCCCGCAGGGUCUCGUCUUGCACGACGUGGCGCUGACGCGGAGCCGGCUGAAGAAUCGAUCUGAGGACACGCUCUUUGCGGAGGACGCCUCAUUACGCCGGUGCUUGCGUCGCGGGCUGAGCUUUCUGGAGAGUGGGACUGGCGGCAUCAGCGUGGUGCGAAGAGGGCUGCCCAAGUUCUUCGAUCUGGAGAGUGGGACCUUGGAGGCGCGGACCACGCCCGGAUCCACGCUGCUCAUGGAGAGCCUUCGAGCAGCCGAAGGUGCGAGUUCCCUCGCGGUGACCAGGUUGGAAAAGGCCAACGGCGAGAAUGCCCAAGUCUCCUACCAUGCGGACUCAGCAAAGUGGGUCCUUUGCUCGAAGAACGUGUCCCUCUUGGCCAGCACCGCCUCAGAGCUUCAGCUGCCGCAGUGGCAGGACCGCAGGUAUCGCUUCGCACGCCAGAUCGGAGCGGUAUGGUUCCUGCAGCUGUCCAAGUUAGAAGACUCCUCACAGCUGUGUUUGCGGGAGACUUUGUCAUCUGCAACCCUCAUCGGUGAGAUGGUGGGUGGCAGUGGCGCACACUUGGUACAGUAUGGGCCAGAGCGCCAGCUACGUUGGUUUGCCAUGGUCCCACACGAAGGGGAUGAGGCUUGCUGGUCGCCUUCGCGAAGCCAAGCUUUCUUUAAAGCGAUGGGUCUACCCACCGUGGACUUUGCCGCCUCUCCCCCGCUGCGCGCGGCCAAGGGCGAAGCGCUGCUGGCGCAGCUGGCGCCGCUGGCGGCCGCCGUGGAGGCGGCGCCGGUGGCGGACGCUGGGGAGGGCGCCGUGAUCUACGUGACGGCGACGCCCAAGGAGGCUGAGGAAGAGAAGGUCAUCCACCUGGGCAAGCUGAAGACAGCAGAGUAUCGACUCCUGCGGCGGAUGCGCGACAGGGCGAAGCAGUUCGCUCGAAGUGCAGGAUGCGUGCUGGUUGAGGAGGUCCAAGAGGACUUUGAACGCGAAGCACGUUACAAUGCGCAUGUCUCAGAGGAAGUGGUGAAGAACCAUUCACUUGGACUGGGUAAGCUGUGCCGUCUGAUCUUCGCCGAGGAUUUGCCACCCGAGGAGGUGGAUGAACACUUCCUGGACCUGCUGAGCCGCGCGAGGGAGAGCGAUGAGGGUGCCGCCGUGCCUCGUGGGCCACGAAAGCCAGCGCCACUGCUGUGCGUGGUGGCGCCACCUUUUCAAUUGAAAGCAGAGACCUGUCAGCUUUUGCAAAUCCAGCUGGAGAAGCGAGAGCUGAGUCACAGCGGUGCAGCAGGUGUCACAGAGCAGAGCAGUCAGCUCACAGGGCAGGUCUCACUGCCGGAAGCCUUGCAUAGAGAGAACUUAGCAGCAGCCUGGCAUAGUUCUACGGCAUCACACGCGAAGGUGUACCUCAACCAGAUCCCCGCCCAGCUUGAGACCCUUCUCUUCGCCCCACCCAGCGGCGGUUCCGCCGCGCUGAAGCGGCGCCGCGCUGACGUCGAGCGCCGCGCGUCGAGCGACCUGCGGGUGGCCGAUGCCGUGAGCCAGCGGUGUGUGUUCCUCUUCUGCGGCUGGGACGAUGUCCUAGCCACCUCGCUGGAUGCUUCGGCCUCCGCUCAGCUGCCAGGGUCGCCCUUGGAACGCCGAUUGAGGAAGCGCCGGCGGGUCACAGACGGCGCAGCUGCCCGGGUGUUCUUUGGAAAGCUGCAGGCACAAGCCCAUCGCCUCAAGAACAUGCUGCCUUCCUCCCAGACAUUUUGGUGGCCCUCCACUUCAGUCAUCUCCACAUCCCACAUGUCCAGCGUGGCCAGCGCAGUGGAAGCGGCCUGGGGCCGCCUGGACGCUCCGCGUGAGCGUGCCGCGGACGCGGCGCGGCGUGCCCGGACGCCCACACUUGUGGCCGUGAUUCCGGUGGCACUGCCGGGAAUGGGAAAGAGCUCCUUGCUGGAAGGCAUCUUUCAGCGGUGUCAGGCAUCAGGUGUGAAGUGCUAUCGGCAGGGGAGGCCGGCCUCGACCAGCUCGGAGACCAGUUCGGUCGGGCCACUUCCCAGCUCGGUGGCCCUCGUGUCGAGUGAUGGCUUCACUGGGGAGGAACUCAAGUCCAUGGGCCUGACUGCCAACGAGUGCUCCUCGCAGGACGUGGCCCGUGCCCGCAAACGUGCCAGCGAGCGCUAUCGGGUGGCGGUGGAAGAGUUCGUGGCGGCGGCCACGGCAGAGGGGCCACAUUUGCUGCUGCUGGACAAGAACCACCCACCGUCGGGCAUCCGUCAAGAGGUGGAGGCGCUUCAGGUCACCUGCCAGAGUUUCGGCUGCCGCCUGCUGCCGAAGGUCUUGGCCAUCGAAGGGGCCGAUGCUCCGGCGAUGUCGGAGGUGGAAGUGGAGCUGUUGGGUGCUGAGGAGCGCCACUUCGGCGAUUGGAACUACCCCUGGAGCCUGGACGUCCUGGCGGAGUGUGCUGCCCGGCUGCUGAAGCGCCCGCAACACGAGACCCUGACGGGAAGUGAGACGCCCCUCUUCGUCCUGUUGAGCUUCCUUCAGCUCCACCAGCGCUUCAACUCCGCCAACUUGAAGUUUCCAGUCCUUCAGGUGCCCUACGUCUCGACCUGUGCCAACUUGGCCUCCUUUGCGGGGAGCACGGAGGAAUGGAUGUGGUGCCGGCUGGAAGUGCGCGCCUUGUUGAGGCAAACCUUGGACCUGAUGCGUAAGCCCUUCGAGAACCAGCAGCAGCUCCGACCAUUGCUCCAGUCCCUGGUGACACAACUGCGUGCGCCGGGACUGCGCUCCGUGGACCCAGGGGUGCAGAGGCAGCACCAGGAGCGAUGCCUAGACGCGCUUUGGCCGGAGCUGCUGGUCGAGGAGGAGCAGUCCAUGACUACACCGGGCUUCUCUGCUCCCGCCCUCCGCUACGUGGCGCUGGAUGUCCAUGCCCAUCAUCCCCUUUUGGAGUCGCUCCUGGAGAAGACCUCCGCCGCGCUGCACGCGGUGGCCGACCUCCGCUCCGACGGCGACGAGCUCAGCGAGCUCUUCGCGUCCUUCCGGCGCCCGGCGGCGCAGCACGUGACCACGUGCUACCUGGGCGGGGCGGCCGGGGCGGCGGAGGCGGCGCAGUGGCGGAAGGUGGUGGCGGAGUCGAAGGCGUUGGUUUUGGAGGGGAAAGCCUUUGAUUUGCGCAUCACACAUUUAGUCGGAGCACCAGGCGCCUUAGCCUUCGCAGUGGUGGAUCGAGGCCAGUUGGUCUCGGAUGGCUUGCCCAUGGCGGAGCAGCAGAGGCCGCACAUCACCUUGUGCACUCGGGCGCCCUGGCAACCACGGCACUCCAAUGAGCUGUUGGAGGCAGUGACCCCAUGGUUGGACGAUCGCACGGUGCAAGCGGCUGGAAAGUGGGUGCGGAACCUGAAGGUGAACUCCGCCGUGCUGGACGUUUUCAUCUUGCAGCUGGAGCAUCCUGUGGUGCUUCCUUCCAAUCCACUGCGUUUGUGCUGAACAUCACUUGAGAGCGGUGAUGACGGAGCCUUCAAGGUCGGGGCAGAACGGACGGCCAGCCUAGACGGCCCUGGAAACACGGAGCUGAUCACGUGACCGGAGCCAGUUGACCGCCAUUGUUCGAUGCCCAUCUCGUCCGACCAGUUGCACGUGGACGGUGAGGUCGAAAAACAGAAACAGCCUGAAGUCAGAUCCAGUGCAGGUUGCCUCACCAGCCGCCCAGCCCGAGUCACGAGGAAGAUGGGGCGCGCAGGAAGGUCAUCGGCGCAUGCGAACCGAGCUGGGCGCGCGCACGCCUGGCAAGACGCGGAGUCGGGAGGGCAAGACAUCGGUGCAAGACAGCUGGUCGAAAAGAGUUGGAAGGUUGAAGCUUGUAGGUUGGAGGCCAUCACUACCUAGGGUGGAAGACCAUUGCUAGUAUACUACCCUCAAGUGAUUGAGGAGUUAGCGGAGGCACAAGGCCAAUUUUGCAAUCCUUACUCAUCAGCCACGUACUGCUUCGCACUGCAAAUCCUUUCUCAUCACCCAAAAACAUUGUGAACAUGACCAGAAUUUGAGCAUGCUCGAACAGUUCCUAAAGGAUAAUGUUUUGAUGGUUUGUGAACACAAUGCCCGCAUGAGUUAGAAGUUGUGGUCCAGAUGAGAAGACAAGUGUCAGAUUUGGUUGCAGGCAUAGGGUCCGUCCGUCUUGAGUUGACGUGACGUUUGAAUGAUGCUGCCUGCGGCCAGUUGCAUCAUUAGCAUUGUUUGGC